UAUACGCUUCGGGGGCACGGAUCUACGCAUCGGCCUCAUCUCACAGCCUCAAACCGUCUCUGCUCGAGUCAUCCGCGCAAGGCUGAGGACGACGUAGGUGUUGACCAGAGACCGCCAGCACGGGUCUUCCCGCCCACACAACUGCCUCUUACAGCUCAUCUCGUGACGAAUCGAGCAUGCAGUAUACGCCCGUAAUUCCACCCGCUCCUGGUUCCCGUUCCCCAAGACAGCCUCCCACCGUCCCGACCCUCUCCCCCCACAGCCCGCAGGCCAUGCCUCCCUGGGCCUCCCCGCAUCAAUUCCCCGUCUUUGUGGGUCCACAUAUGGUGGGCGCGCCCGGAUCCUACUUCAUACCUCCCGUCGCCCUACCGUCACAGCAGGCACCAAACUCCCCGGUCGCGCCUGUCGGCAGCGGAGGCUUUUCCGCCGACUGGACCGGCUUUCCUACAAGUGCCUCCGCCGCCCCCUCCCCGUACAUGCAAGCAGGCUCGCCAGGUGCUCAGACGCAGUCAUUUCCACCACAAUCAGCACCAGGGACGGCUUACAGUGCGUUCCAGCAACCACUGCCUGGAUAUGGAGGACCGCCUCCCGGAUAUGGGGGGCCGCCUCCGGGAUACGGAGGACCACCGGGAUAUGGGGGACCACCUCCCGGCAUGCAUCCAGCGAUGUGGAGUAUGAUGGGGAUGGGGAUGCCUAUGGCGACGCCGUUUGUUAUGCCAACGGGCUGGCCAGGUACGCCGUUCGCCCAUCAGGGAGCUGGAGGUCUCCCGCCACAGGCCGCGCCUGCCCCGCCGCCUAGUGCUGCAUCGGCACCGCCGAGCGCGCGUGUGCCACCAAUGUACGCCAACCAGUUCGACAAGGUCGACAAGUUUGCGGAGGGACCACAUUAUGGCCCUGUCUUGACUCCCGUCAUGGUGAAGAAGGUCAGGGCGCGGCCAGAGCUGAAUCCACUGCUCAUGCCACCGCCUGAAGAAGGCAGCCACGACUUCAUCAAAUGGAACAUGCUCUUCUCCACCGCGCAGUGUCAGCGCUCCUGCGACCCCGCCCACCGCUCGUGGUCCAGCGGGCGGAGCGCGCCCGCCACCUGGCCGCGCGUCACCUCGCUGCGGAUCGUGUCGCGCGCGGUGCCCUCGCCGAUCGAAGUCACUGCGGCGAACAUGGAGGCGGGCGUGACAUGCGGGGACGUCAUCGAGGCGAUCUCCGGGUUCAUGAACGGCCGCUUGACGCAGACGCAGUACUCCAGCGCGUCGGACGCGCAGAAGCGCGUGCUCUCUGAGGCGUACUACCACAACCGUUCGACCGCGCAGGGCGUGCCCGGCGGCCGCCUCCCCCAGACACUCCUCCGCUUCGACUGGCUCGGCCAGGACACGAUGUACGGCGGGUGCGUCGCGAACGAGCAGCGCAUCAGGGAGCUCUGCGGCGGCCUGUUGCCGUGCGUGUAUGAGUUGAAGACAAUGCGCCGCUACCCGAUGUCGGAGCAGGAGAUCGAGGAGCAUGAGCGGAGGGAGGCGGAGUCGGAGUCGAGGCGCAGCAGGAGCCGCAGGAGAUCGCGCGCGACAUCCAGGGCGACGUCCGUCGCUACCUCGCGAGUGGCCAGCGAACAGCCAGAAGAAGACGACGACUGAGGAUGCCCUUUUUGCACACCGCUGGAUCGAUCACGCUCGGUGUAUGUCCCACACGACCCUUUUCAUCUUCGUUGUAGAUACCUUUCCUUGCAAGCUACGUUAUUUCUACUCUUCACGCCCAUAGGCUUUGCUUUGGCUUGCUUUUCUUUGGAACCCAAUGCGCUACUGUACGAUAUCCCGACUGCUGGAUACCUCGCU